GGCCAGCUCGCGUUUUAUUCAGCAUCUAAACUUUCACUUGAUUUGCCAUUGUUGUUCAAGAAAACUAUUUCAUUAGUGCUGACUUAAAUAGAAACUUUUAUCAAGAGUAAAUAUUAUACCCUUGUUGUCCUGGUGAUUGGGCAUUUAGGUUUUUGUGGAUCUUGAAAUGAAGUGCUAUAAUGAAAAUUUAUAAUAUUACUAACUACAACCAUGCAUUAUUCAGUCCAAAAUUGCUGUUGAAGAUUAAUUAUUUCUAAUUCAAUUGAUAUCGCGAGUAUGAUAAAUAUUGGAGUUAGAGCUGUAAAACAGUAUAGCGGGUCAAGUUGAAAUGGAUCAACAGGAUAAGGAUUGUCAUACCAGACGGGGGCAGCAUCAUCAUCAUUUCCACAAUCAUUAUUUGCCAGAUUCUGGAACUUCACCUCCUGCUCGUGCUCUUCAGGCACAGCAAUCUAGUACGCGUAAUCCUGGGGUCCGAAUCGCUGUCUACUUGAUGUCUGGUGUGAUUCUUACCAUGGAAGUGGAUUGCUCAAUUACCUCACAAGAAAUCAUCUCAAUAAUUCAAUCUGAAAAAGAACUAGGACUGGGUCGAAAUACCCCAUCGCUGGGACAGCCUGUGUUUGCGCUUUGGCUCUGCUCUCAACAGUUGGAAGUACAACUUGGCCCCACUCACAAGCCACUAGAGUUGGGAAGUAGAUGGCAACGGUUGGUUGCCAAAUACGGCAGUGAGGGUGUCAGGGAAGAGGAGCAGCCGGUACUUUACUUUCGAAGAAACGUAUUUUUAUCUCGAAGUGAUGAGGAACAAGUUAAAGAGGCAAAGACUCUGGAACUGCUUUAUGCCGAAGCAAGAUAUAACGUUUUAGAAGGUAGAUAUCCUUGCGAGGGUCAAGCGAGAUACGCAAGUUUAGGAGCGCUUCAAGCUCGUAUAGAGCUAGGGCCUUACAAUCCACAGACCCACACUCUGGCAUAUUUCCGACGACAUAGAGGCAGGUUUUUGCCUCAUCACUUCACAUCUCCCACUCUCCUGUUGGGAUUGGAUCUUGGUUUGGGUUUGGUAGGUGGCAAAGGGGCUCCAGAGGUCAGAAUGCUGGAACAAUAUAAGCGGAUACCACCCCAUACAGGAACGAACGCCAAUCCUCGAAAACUGAUAAGGAAAUACCUGGAGUUUUGCUGGGGGCUACCCUGCUACGGUGCAACCUUUUUUCAAGGUCAAAUAGAGCGUCCUGUCAGAGGUCUAGCAUCCUGGAUAACACAUCGAGAUCAGCCAGUUCUCGUUGCUAUCAAUGCCUUAGGGGUCUAUGUGAUAGAUGACACACAAUGUAGUCUCUUGCUGGGGCUCAAGUAUUCGGAGCUUAGUUGGGAAAUGGCCAAACCUUCUGAUGAAGGAAAUCCGGAUUGUUUGCCUUGUCUUUUUCUCCAAUUUCCCGUUCGAGAGAACGGUGCUCAUGUCUUCAAAAUUCUACAAGUAUUCUCAAGACAGGCAAUAAUGAUGGACACACUCAUCUCUGGAUUUGCUGAAGAGAAUCGAAGAAACAAUACUCGGUGCGAUGCAACUGGUGCGUGUCGUUCGUCGGACAUAACUAUUACAGCAAAUGCCAAUUGCUUCACCAACAAACUCAGCAAGUUCACUCUGGCAACGUUCGACGAUGAAGGGCGUUGCAUUGGGCAAAUGGGAUCAUGGUCUUUCCAAUGAAUUGACAUACACUGUGAAUACUUUUAUAUCAAAGCAAUCAAAAGACAUCUGAUGAACAUGUAUUGUUUCUCAAAAACUAAAUAUGUAACAAGAUAUUUCUUAUUUGGUA